AUGGCAUCAAAAGCUGAAUUAGCUUGUGUUUACUCUGCUCUCAUUCUAGUGGAUGACGAUGUAGCCGUAACUGGUGAAAAAAUUUCAACCAUCUUAAAAGCGGCUAAUGUCGAUGUGGAGCCUUACUGGCCUGGUUUGUUUGCUAAAGCCCUGGAGGGUGUAAACGUACGUGAUUUGAUAACCAACAUCGGAUCUGGCGUUGGUGCCGCACCAGCAGCCGGUGGUGCGCCGGCGGCUGCAGCUGCAGCCCCCGCGGCUGAAGCUGCUAAGGAAGAAAAGAAGAAGGAGGAAGAACCUGAAGAGUCAGACGACGACAUGGGCUUCGGUCUCUUUGACUAA